GGUCUUCUCUGACAUGAUAAGUAAGUUGGCUGGAAUAAUUGACGUUAAAUAUAUAUCACAGUCAUGGCCGGACAAAUGAAAGAACUAGCUGCAACGGCUAUAGGUCAAGCUAUAAAACUAGGGAAUAUCAGGCAGUUAAAAACAUUAUUUAAAAUCAAAGACGCUCCUUUCUUUAUAGACAGGUAUGGAAACACAGCGUUACAUGUAUCAGUAUUACAGAAUGAAUGUUGGCACGUUUCAGAAUUAAUGGCCUGGGGAAUUAACCCUUAUAUCAAAAACUCGGAAGGUAAAACGGCGGCAGAACUACCACAUAAAAAUAAAUAUUGGAACACAAUUUAUGAGAAAUAUUUGCCGGGUAUAUUUGAAGCUGUUGAAAAACGUGACGGUGAUAAAAUUCGAGAACUGAUCAGUUAUUGGACGAAAGUAGAUUGUACUAGGAACGGUCAAACUUUACGUCAGUUUGCAGCUCAGUUAAAAUACCAUGAUAUAGUUCAGAUUAUAGACGAAUAUAAGGAUACUCUGGAUCUAAUCUAUGGUGUUUUUGAAUUGAAUUAUGAUAAAGUGCAUGAUGCCCUCAAUAAAUCCAGAUGUAACGUCAAUUUUUUGAAUAAGACUGGUUGUAAUAUAAGAGAUGUAGCGAGAUUGGCUCGAAGAAAAGAUAUUGUAGAAUUCAUCGAUAAGUAUUAUAUCAAAUUGAUCAGGGAUUCUGAGUUAAGUCAGUUAAGACGGUUAUUGAUAGACGGUUACGAUAGUUUACUUAUUCAACAUAAUUAUAGAGAUAGUUUUAUUUAUGCCAGUGGUAACGAAACGAAUCAAGUUUUACAAUUUAUAGAAGAUCUUCCAAAUAUACAGAGUCAGAUAGAGAAAGUACAUAAAUGUAUCAAACUCAGUGGAAAUAUGGUGGAAUUCGAAGAAUUAUUUCAGACUUCACCUGGUAUUUUAAUGUAUUUAAUAAACGCUAAAGAUAAGGGUGGAAGAUCAGCAGUAAAGUUAGCAGUUCUUCAUAAAAGACUGGAUAUUCUGAGAUAUCUUCUUGAUCAACCAGACGUUGAUGUAAACAGUCAAGACAAUUGUAGAAGAACAGCGUACCAUUAUGCAUGUUGUACAGAGAUACAUAUCAGAGAUGACUUUAUAGUCUUGUUGAAAGAGAAGGGUAUUGAUACAGACAUUGCAGACCAUCUGGGAUAUCGAGGUGAUCAUUAUUUAAAAGAAGAUAUGAGGGAAUGGAUUAUAGAGAAAAGAAAGUAUGAAGACUUGAGAAGUAUUAUAAAACAUAAGAAUUAUGGUCUAACAGAAUUAAAUAUUAAACUUAAAACACUACACGUCCCUGUAGCAGCUUUCUCUAUGUUUUAGGACCGGUUGUUCGAGACUACAAAGAUUUACUAUUUUUAGCAGUAGACUACAACAAACCAGACAUUGUAAAGAGACUGGUAGAUCUAGGCACUGACUUAACGCGGAGAGAAAAGUAUCUAGUGAAAAAUAACGAACAAGAUGGAAAUUCAGAAAGAGUUGAGAAAUGGAUGACGGCUAGUGAGAGGGCAGAAUAUCUUAAUCUGAAUGAUAUACAUAACCAAUUGGACUACAGCCUCACCCAUCAACAAAUAGGAUUAACGACGUCUCUUGACUCCAGACAUUAUGGUCAGAUUAUUGGUAAACUGUCGUCAAAAAUACACCAAAUACAAACAACUGGAGAUAAUCUUAUUUUAUAGUUGUGAGAUUCAAAUUUUCUGUUAAAAAUAGCCCCUGAUGAAGCAGAUCAUGUUUACUCUUUUCCAAACACCUGAUGGUACUUGUCUUUUGAGGAGUCCACUACUAUACAACUUUUACUCUCGAUUUUCUCAUACUUUGGACGAGAUUUUGAUUAACAGAAUUGUCUUGCUUGUACAGGUGUCGUGUGCAAAGCAGACCAUGCUUACUCUUUUUGAAACACCUGAUGGUACUUCUCUUUUGCCAUUCUGAUUUUGAUUGACGGACUUGUUUUGCAGAGAUUUUUAUGUUUGUGAUAACUGUAUUUAUUUGUUACAUUAAAGGGACAGAUGCGCCAUUUUGGGUGUUG